UCGUACCUGAAUUGUUUCACUUUCGUUUUGUGAUCGCCAUCAGAGCGGACACGUUUUUUUUAUUCUCAUCCCAUCAACCUCCACUAAUUGACUAGUGUUGUUUUCUGUGAUUAUCUCGAGUGGGUACUCUUAACUUGCAUUUAUUUUGGGUCCCACAACAUGAACCUGACGGCGGCCACAGUUUUUGCCCUAGUUGUGUUGGGAUACGUCGAAUGUAAGAGGUGCAGCGACAACCCGGUGGUUUGCACUAGCUACGGGGAAGUCCGGGGCAGCUACAACGCCUCCAGACACGGCAGGAGGUUCAUGUCGUUCCGGGGAAUCCCGUACGCCCAGGCGCCAGUAGGACAGCUGCGAUUCAAGGAGCCACAACCGAUUGAAGCCUGGACUGGACAGUGGGACGCAACUAAAGAAGGGCCGGUUUGCAUCCAGACCAACUACCUAUUCUAUCAAAACCCUCCGGUGGAAGGUGUCGAGGAUUGCCUAUAUUUGAACGUCUAUACUCCUAGGACGGAUGGGGAGUUGCCAGUUAUGGUGUUCAUUCAUUGGGGUGCCUUCACUGCCGGGAGGGGCACCAGCGAUUACAUCGGUCCCGAGUACUUCAUGGACCAGGAUGUUGUCCUAGUCACCUUCAAUUAUAGGCUGGGAGCUUUCGGAUUCUUAUCCACACUAGACGACGAAGCUCCAGGAAACUACGCCCUAAAAGACCAGGUUGCCGCCCUCAAAUGGGUGCAAGCUAACAUCGCCAACUUUGGUGGCAACAAAGACAAGGUGACCAUUUUCGGACAAAGUGCAGGGGCUGGUUCCGUCCACUACCACCUUCUAAGUCCACUCUCCAAAGGGUUGUUUCACCACGCCAUAAGUGAGAGUGGAAGUGCCCUCUCACUUUGGGCUAAACCUUUAAACGCCCUCCAACCUACGGUGGUUCAAGCCACAGCUGCACUAGUAGGUUGCCAAUCUUCCAUCGGAAAUAGCACUCAACUUGUUGAGUGUCUGAGGAACGUGCCCGCAGAAACGUUGGCCAAAAGCUUCGGCGCCUUCAAAUUUCUAGGUAUGGAUUCGGUGUCCGUCUUCAGCUCGGUUACCGAGAAACAAACUGAAAGGAACCCCAAUCCGUUCUUCACCAAAGAACCUUUGGAGUACAUUCUAGCCGGGGAGUUUCAAAACGUACCGUGGAUUUUGGGGACGGUUGAAGAUGAAGGAAUCAUAAGAGUUGCCAGUUUGGUGCGACAACCUAAACAACUGGAAGCGUUCAAUGCCAACUUUACAUCGUUGCUUCCUCAAAUGUUAGUACUUUCAGUCAGUACCACAGACGUUGAAGGUGAACUAAAGAACAUUACCGACCAUUAUCUCAACGGCCAACCAUUUCUGGACGUCAACGACCCGAAUAGUAUCCAAGGGAUGAUUGACCUUUACACCGGAAGGUCGUUUUCUUACGGCUCCUACCAAUCGGCCAUGCUUCAUUCGGCGAUGGGCCACAAUCCAGUCUGGUUCUACAACUUUAGAUACAGAGGGGAGUACUCCUACGGUGAUCUAUUUGCAGGAACCGACAACAACGUUGACUUUCACUGGGGUGUUUCCCACUGCGACGAGCUCUUGUACCUGUUCAAAUCGAGCUUGUUCCCCGAUUUAAUUGAUCCCACUUCCAACGCCAUGGUCGACGUCAUGAUACAGUUAUGGACCAAUUUCGCUAAAACCGGGAAACCGGUUGAUUCAACAGUUUUAGAUUGGCAACCACUGAACGUCAAGUCGUUGGAAGAGAUGAAGAAUGAGAAUUUUAAUUACAUGGUUAUUGCAGGAAGCCCAGAAAAUAAGACCAUAACUAUGGACAUGGAAACGGGUUUUGAAAAUGAAAUGAUGAAGUUCUGGAUCUCACAAGAGUUGUUCGAAAAUAUUCCCGGAAUAGACUGAACUACUUUUGUAUUCAUUAUUACCAUUAUAGAGUAUUAUUAAUAAGUAUUAUUAGUUUGUAAAUUAUCUUAAUAUUACAUAAGUAUCUAUAAA